UUGGCUCACGCUGCCUACGAUGAGGCCAAGAAGCGGGAGUUGCUCGGUUUCGCUCUGAUGCCAAACGUUUAUAUGCCGGUGCAAGACGGCUACGUGGUGAUCAUGGCGGUCCUCGAUGGCAUUGGCCAGCUUGAUGCGGGCUGCGAACGACCGGACUGGCCGACCUGGAGGUGUUUGUCCACCGCCCGGGACCGGGCUCGAAACUGGGACGCGCUGGAACCACUUAUGCUGGAAUGGACCAUGUCCCACACCGGCGAGGAGAUAGCCCGCCUGGCCCAGGAGCGGGGUGUUCCCUGUUUUCCGGCCUACACAGUGGGCCAGAUGAUGGAGUCGCCACACGUAGCCGAGAGGGGCUUUCUGCAGGAGUUCGCCAGCCCCGGAAAGAAGAGCUUCAAGCUGCCCGGGCAUCCCAUCCGAAUGAGCGCCACGCCCUGGCGGUCGUUCCGCCCGGCGCCACGUUUGGGACAGCACACAGUCGAGGUCCUGCAGGACUGGCUUGGCUGGUCGGAGAGCGAAGCGCGGUCUCUGUUCGAUGCUUUCGGAGAGCAGGCCAGCGCGAGGGCUGUGCGGGAGAGCAAAGUAUGA